GAGCAGAGCUGAUAAUGGCUGCAGUUGAGGUGGCAUUUUUAGGACUUUAGACUGCUAAAAAAACCUCUUCCAUUUAUGACUGAAACUGGCCGCAGAUUGAAUCGAUUCCAACAGAAAGCGAAAUAUAAAAAUAAUAGCUGUUUUAUUGUACCAGAAUGUCUCGUAACUCGCUUGUCCUCACAAAUUCCUUCAGGCGACCGAGCAGCUGUUGUUAGCCGGGUUUGGUGCUUGCUAAAUGCGCGUCUGUCAGGAUCUAAGCCACUGAGUUCCCGACCCAAACAAGUGGAUUUUAACAUCACCGGCGUUAAUACAGUGUAGAGUUUAUAGUUUAGAUUAAUGUCUGAGUUGACCUCGUAAUAUUUCAGCUCAAACCGUGGCUAGCUUCCCGGUCACCCUCGGACUGGUUUUGUUUUUGUUUGGUUUAAAACCCCUCUGAGGAUGUCUUCCUGGCUGGGUGGACUGGGCUCUGGCCUUGGCCAGUCUCUGGGACAGGUCGGCGGGAGCCUGUCGUCGUUCACCGGGCAGAUAUCAAACUUUACCAAAGACAUGCUACUGGAAGGAGUGGAAGAAGUCGGAGAUUCUGCCACAGAACUACACGUGUCCAAUUCCAAGUUGGCUGAGGUGGAGGCUGCAUUCGCUGCUCAAAAAUCAGAGUAUGACAUGUUGAAAAAACGUCACGCUGAGGUUGAGGAGAAGCUGGAGGCAUCAGAGAUCCAGAUUAAACAACAGUCUGCCGAAUACAGAACCCUCCUGCAACAGAAAGAGGUGGAGAUUAGCCACCUAAAAGCUCGACAAAGUGGCCUCCAAGAAGAAGUCCAGAAGCUGCAGCAGUCAGCGCAGUCUGCGUCCUCCUCACCAGCAAUGCUGCCGGUGACCACCGCCUCUCUGGCCACCACCUCUUCUUCUCCUUCCACCUUCCUGACACGUUCCGCAGGGUCUCAUCAUGGCUUUCAUAGCGACGAAGUGGACAUCAGUGAUGUUCUUUGGUUGCAGCAAGAAAUCAACAGGCUGUCCACAGAAGUCAUGCGCCUGGAGGCGGAGGUGUCACAUUGGAGGAGAGUCUCCCAGGCAUCAACAACCACAGGAAGCAGUAAUGGGGACCAGGGGGAGAUUCUGAAACUACAGAGAACUAUUAAGGAGUUACGGGAUGAAAUGAGUCGAGAGGUGGAUGAACAUCAGCAUGAGCUGGCAGCUGUGCAGGACGCCCAGCGACAAAAGCUGGCAGAAAUCACGAGGCGCCACAGAGAGGAGCUUGCAGAGUACGAGGAGAGGAUCGACGAACUGGAGGAGCAGAUUCACAGUGGUGGUAGUCAUGUCAGCUCUCCAUCUGAUGCCUCCAAACCACUUGAGCUCCAGAAAAACAUACAGUCCCUGCAGGAAGCAGCAGAACAGCGCGAGAAGCAGCUGGCCGAAUUGUCUGCCAGUCUGGAGGAUGCACGGAAGAAACAGGCCUCUUUGCAGCUGGAGAGGAAUGAAGCCCAGGAGGAGAAUGCAGGGUUGCUGCAGAACUACUCACGGCUGCAGGCUUCUGUGGCUGAACUCCAGACACGAGUCCAGGAGCAGGAGGGGAAGGCUCUGCAAAAAACCCAAUUCGAGCAUGAGAUUCAAACCUUAAGAAAUAACUUAGCAGCUGCAGAAAAAGAAAUGGAGAGACUCAAGAACUGCUCAAAGGCAGAGCCAAAAGAAGAGGUGGAGCAUGCAGACAUCUUAGAGCUGAACACCAUUAUUGGGACAUUAAGGCAGGAAAAGGAGGUCCUGGAACAAGAAAAGCUCGGUCUGCAAGAGAGACUGAAACUAGCAGAGGAGCAAACGGUUACCAGUAAUGCAUCAUUAAUGGAGUCUGGUGAAGUGGAGACCCUGGAGGAUCUGAAGGUAGAGCUGGAGAGAAGAGACAAGGUCCUGAGAGCCACUGAGGAGGAAAGGGAGACCCUCAUGUCCGAGCUGGAGGAGUUGGACCGACAGAACCAGGAAGCAACACAGCAUUUGAUCACUGCGAAGGAACAGCUCUCUGGACAGUUGAAGGAAGCUGAGACAGAGCUGAUCAGAACCACUGCAGAGCUCAACACCACCAAGGAUCAGAAAAGAGCACUGGAGCAAGAGCUGGAGACCCAAAAAGAGAAAAUGAGCCAAAGUGCAUUCACCCUUAAUGACCUGCACAUGGGCAAACAGCAACUGGAACAGACGGUGAAGGAGCUGAAAGACACGCUGGGACGUGCACACGAGCAGGGUCGGGAAGCACGCAGAGAAGUGGCUGAGCUGAAGAAGACCCUGCAGGAACGAGAGGAGCAGUUAGCUGCUGCUAAAGAAGAGAUGGAUCAAGGAGAAGAGAGGCAGGCUGAGGUUCAGAGAGCUGAGGAGAUGGCAGGGAAGGAGAGGGAACUGUCAGACCUCAGGAGGGAAAUAGAUGAAAUGCGGAGCUCCUAUGAAAAGGGGAUGUCGGAGGAGUCUGAGAUGAAGAUGGAGAACAGGAGGCUGAAGGAGGAGCACGAGAAGGGCUUGAGAAAGGUAGAGGAGCUAAGCAAGCAGCUGAAAGAAAACAAGGCUGCUCUCAAAAGGAUGGAAAGGGAGAAGGAUACUCGUAUUGAAGCUUUCAAGAUUGAGAAGAAUCAGCUUGAGGGUGAGCUGUCACAGGCUGAGAGAGCGCUGUCAGAACAGGUAAAACAGUACAAGCAGACCAUUGAGGAACUGACCCGAGCUAGAUCCAUGGACGCCUCGACUUUACAAACCGAGCAUGAGUCUGCAAUCAAACUAAACCAGGACAAAGAUCUAGAGAUCGCUAAGCUGAGGAGAGACAUAGAGCAGCUGACAUCAGACCACAGAGACACCAACGAGAUGCUUUCAAUCACGGUUGCUGGACAGAAGCAGCUGACAGACUUGCUGCAAGAGAAGGAUGUCUUUGUGGAAACAUUAAAACAAAAUGCUGCAGAUUUACAGAGGGAGAUGGAGAACUCAAUUUCCAUCAUGACCAAAGAGGAAGAAAUCCUCAAACAAGCACUGGAGGAAAAGGAUAAGCAGCUGGGUGGGAUGAAGGAGGAGAACAGCCAUUUGAAAGAGGAGAUAGAUCGGCUGAAGGACCAGCAGAGCAGAUCUCAACCUCUGGCCGAACCCAAGACACUAGAAAUCAUUACAGAGCUGGAGACUGAGAUUACUCAGCUGAAGUCCUCCAGGAACGGUUUGGAAGAAGAACUUCGGUCCCUCAAGAGAACUUCAGAGGAGCAGCAGGCUUCACUGCAGGCUCAGCAGAGUGAACUUGAACUGGCCCACACUCGCCAUCAGCAGACCACACUCAAUUAUGACAGACUCAUUCAUGCCAAAGAUGAAGAAAUAACCCGCCUCCAGCAAAGUGUGGAUCUCCUCAAUGAGAGUCAGGGCCACCUUCGAGCUUUACAUGGAGAAGUUAUCCUGCAGGAGGACAAGACAAGGUCCCUCAGUCAGGAGAACGACAACGAGAAGCAUGACCUGUCCAAGGUGGAAAUAGAGAAACUGGUUCGGGGGAUCAAGGAGAAAGAGACUGAGAUCAGCCAGCUGAAUGAAAAGAACCUCUCACUGACCAGGCAGCUGGACCAGCUGGUGGUUUCUCGUGAUGAAGUGGGUAAACUCUCCCAAAUGAUCCGGCAAAAAGAUCUGGAAAUCCAGGCGCUUCAUGCUCAGGUCUCAAUGGGACACAGCCAGGAUGUCCUGUAUUUGCAGCAGCAGCUGCAGGCGUUGGCUGUGGAGAGGGAGCAGAUGCUAGCUGUACUCAAUGAAAAGACAAGAGAGAACAGCCAGCUCCGAUCAGAUUAUCACCGUCUUAUGGACAUCAUGGCUGGGAAGGACGCCGCUUUAGUGAAGCUUCAGCAGGAGAAUCAGCGCCUCUCCCACAUGAGCGACUCCUCGGGAAGCCAAGAAAUGUUCAAGGAGACAAUCCAAAACCUGUCUCGGAUUAUCAGGGAGAAGGACAUAGAGAUUGAUGCUUUGACUCAGAAGUGUCAAACCUUGGUGACCGUCCUGCAGUCUACAGGAGGAGAGCCUGGUGCUGCUUUAGGGGGUGUCAGCAGCAACCAGUUUGAGGAAUUGCUCCACGAAAGGGAUACACUGAAGCAGCAGGGGAAGAAGAUGGAGGAGUGGAAGCAGCAGGUGAUCACAACGGUCAAGAACAUGCAGCACGAGUCUGCACAGCUGCAUGAAGAACUGAUCAAGCUGCAGAGCCAGGUCUCUGCUGACAGCGACUGCAGCUCCAAGCUGUCUGUAGACUAUGCUCGACUGAUCCAUAACUAUGAGCAGAAGGAGAAGAGGCUGGGAGGUUUGAGCCUUGAACUUGCACAGGUCCAGCAGACCAUCAGUCAGCUCAGUACCACCAAGGAUGUGCUGCUGGGUAAACUGGAUAGUGUUGCACAGACUCCUGAGGUGAUGGACACCCAAUCGAGCGGUCUCUCUCUAAAUGUUGAGGCCCAAACCCAACACAAUGCCUUCCCUGUAAAUAAUAACAACCUGCAGAGAGAAACGGAAGCUCUGCAGGCACAGCUGGCUGAGAAAGAAAACCUGAUCAGGACUCUUCAGGAAAACAACCACCGGCUCUCCAAUGCAGCGUCCACCUCGGAGGGCGAACAGAGGAGCCAGGCCGAGGAGGUUCGUCAGGUCCGAGAGAGACUGGAGUCCCUGCAGAGGUCGGUGAGGGAAAAAGAUUUGCUCAUAAAAACCAAAGGAGAUCAGCUAACUCAAGUGAGUGAGGCGCUGCGCAACCGUGAAAAUGACUACGAGGUGUUAAAGCAGGCGGUGACCAACCUGAAAGAGCGUGCUCUCAUCUUGGAGAUGGAUUCGAAGAAGCUGAAAGAAGAGAACGAGCAGGUAGUUGCACGCUCUCGAGAAAAGGAGUCUGAGUUUAGAGCUCUGCAGGAAACAAAUAUGCAAGUUUCAUUACUGCUCAGAGAAAAGGAGUUUGAACUGAGCGCGAUAAGCGAGAAGGCUGCCACAGUGGAGAGGAUGCUCAAGGACAAAGAGCUGGGUAAAUCUGGUGAACUUAAUCAACUCCUGAAUGAACUGAAGUCCAUGCAGGAGAAAGCGGUGAUGUUCCAGCAGGAGAGAGAUCAGAUGAUGAUGGCACUUAAGCAGAAGCAAAUGGAAACCACUGCUCUACAGUCUGAGCUGCAGCAUACGAGGGAUAAAGAGCAGCGUCUCAACCUGGAGCUGGAAAGGCUGCGCAAUCACCUGUUGGAGAUUGAAGAUUCAUACACAAGAGAAGCCCUUGCUGCAGAAGACCGGGAGACUGAACUGCGUAGGCGGGUGGUGCAGCUGGAUGAGAAACUAGCUACGUCCUCAAAUGCUGUGGAAAAUGCCAGCCAACAGGCCAGCAUGCAGGUGGAGUCUCUGCAGGAGCAGUUAAGCAAUGCGGUGAAGCAGAGAGACGACACACUCGCACAACUUAGAACCUCUCAGGAACAAGUCAGGCAGUAUGCAGUGUCGCUCUCAAACCUCCAGAUGGUGCUAGAGCAAUUCCAACAAGAGGAGAAAGCCAUGUACUCGGCAGAACUUGAGAAGCACAAAAAGGAGAAGGACGAGUGGAGAAGAAAAGCUCUCCUCCUUGAAGAUCAAGCAUCUGCCCUGCAGAUCAAUUUGGAUGAAGCCACUGCUGCUCUAGAUUCAGCGUCUCGUCUCACAGAUCAGAUCGAUCAGAAAGAAGAGCAAAUUGAAGAGCUAAAGAAACAAGUGGAUGUGAGGCAGGAGAUGUUGGAGGAGGCACAAAAGAAACUCAUGAACCUCCUGAACAGCACAGAAGGAAAGAUAGACAAGGUACUGAUGCGUAACCUGUUUUUGGGCUACUUCCACACACCUAAAACCAAGCGCGCUGAUGUGCUCAGACUCAUGGGGAGUGUGUUGGGACUGAACCGAGAACAAGUUGAUCAGAUGUUGGAGGACGAUGGACGCCAUGGUGUUACUGGAUGGGUAUCAAGCUUGCUCGGAGGCAGAGGAGCUCAAAGCGUCCCAAAUACCCCACAACGGCCCACCAGUGGGCAGGGACUGAAUUCAUCUUUCUCAGAGAUGUUUGUGAAGUUCUUGGAGAUGGAGUCAACCCCGUCACUUCCAGCGCCGAGGCUUCCAGUCCAUGACAUCAAGCCUCUGAGUGCCCCGCCACCUGGGAGAACCAGUGGAUCUUCUUUAGACAUCACAGGAGCCGCGUCUGGUAUUAGGCGAUCGGGUGAAUCCAAUCCUUUCCUGGCUCCUCGCUCUGCUGCAGUGCCGCUGGUGGCCGGUUCUGGCUCUGCUGGCUCAGGAGGUCACCUGCUGAUGAAGCCCAUCACCAACGCUCUGCCCACCUUCACCCCUGUGCCUGUCUCAGCUGAGGCCAGUGCUGGAGCUGUGCUCAAAGACUUGUUGAAGCAGUGAUGGGGCCCACUUCAAGUGCCACACAGAUGUCUUAAUUUAUCCAAGAUGAGCUCCGCAUUAAAAGACUGAAAUAUUUGAGCAUCUCUGCUCCCUAUUACUGCUCUUUUUACUUUGAGCAAAAAUAAAUGAUCAGACAAUACAUCAAAGCUUAAGAUAAAGUCUGGGACGACUUUGUUUGAUUUUUAAGGUUAGAUUUUUGUCUAUGCAAACGACUUUCUACACGAGUGAAAAUGCUUAUUACUUUAAUAUUUUUAGGUCUGGACCCACACAUUGACUUCCCAUGCCAAAAGCAAUGAAUGAAAACACUUUAAAUGUGUGAAAUAUUCAGAGUGAACCCCACCAGUUGUGAAUAAAAGUGACCUUAUAAACUCACUGUGUGCAGCACAACGCGUGGGUGGAGCUUCUGUUUGCAAGAGGAAGCAUGCCCGUCAGUUUUCAUCCCCGUUUGCAUUUACCAGCUUGUAUUUUCUUGUUCUAUUAGUAUUCCUUCUUCUACUACUUCUUCUCAACAAUUCAUCAAGGACCCAGGACUAAAGUAAAAGCUCUGUGAGUCAGUACAUCUGUUGAAACCAUAAGGUUGUUUUUUUUGGCGUUGGAAGAUCUUGUGUUUUCCAGACAGCCAGACUGUGAUAUGCAGUAGGGCAUAAUUAUGGCUGCUGACUGUGGUUUAUCAGAGGGUUUAGACUGCUCUUUAUGUUCAUAUAGUUACAUAUAUAUAUAAAUGGGUGUUGCAGGUUUCUUUUUUUAGUUAUAGGCACGAUGGAAGUCAAGUGCCUGCAUUUUUGGAAAUUUGAUAGUUGUAUAAUCAGAAGUGUAAAUGGUUAAUAUAAAUAUAUAUUUACAAAAUGUAAAAAGAAAAUAAAAACGGCGUAUUUUUGAAGUUUUAUGUAGUCAGAUCAUAGCAGGCCGGCGUGUGACUGUGCCACUCCACGUUUUUGUCCCGGCAUCAGUCAGCCACUGCAGAAGGAAUGUUACAGGAGAGUCCAGGUAUGUUGAUGAAAUGUAAAAACUGUAAAUCAUGACUGAAAAUAUAUAUAUUUUUUGUAAAUGUAAAAAUCUGAAACUGAGAGCAAAGGAUUCGGUCUACCUUGGAUGAUCUUCUGUUGGAAGUCGGAACCCGUGACCUAAUUAGGAUAUGACAUUAAAUAAAGGUGCCACUGGUGACCCACCCACCCA